AUGGCCGGAAGUGAUUCCUGUGUCGUCGAUGUCGGCGGCCGAACUGAUCCGUCAUCUUCGCCGUGUGUUUGCGACCCACGGAUUGCCCGAUGUCGUGGUUACCGACGAUGGCACAUCUUUCACUUCAUCCGAGACGGCCGACUUCCUAGAAGGAACUCGAUCAAACACAUGUUCUCUCCGCCGUACCAUCCGCAGUCGAAUGGCGUCGCAGAACGUAUGGUGCAGAACGUAAAAAAUAAGCUUCGCCAACUACGACGCGACGAUCCGGACUGUCGUCUAUCACGUCUGUUGUUCGCAUUACGUACAACACCAUGCGCGGACAGCACAAGAUCUCCGGCGCAACUGCUCAUGAACCGUAGCCUGAGGACCUUGCUAAGCGAUGUCCGGCCAAAACGGCAGUUGACGGAAGAAGCUGACCCGUCACUAGAGCGAAGAUUCAAAGCUGGUGACAAGGUGUUCGUACGUAGCUACAGGGGUAACCACAAAUGGCUACCUGCCACGGUGGUUGGCGCCGAGGGCAACUGCACUUUCAAGUUGCGACGCGAGGGCGGCGAACUGCAAAGAGCGCAUGCAAACCAGAUGCUCAGAUGUCAGGCAAGUUGCAAUAGCCACGACGGCGCCAGCAGUGAAUGGUGGUUAUUUCCACCCGCAACUCCAACGCCGAGCACGGACAAUACAGCAUCGCCGGAGACAACAGGAGACACAUUAGUAGAUCCUGGUGCAUCGGGCCUGAGACGCUCUGAGCGAGCUAGAAAGUGGCCGGAUUUCUACGGUGUGGUGGUCCCGAAAUAG